AUUCCACUGACUGCAAGCAUUAUUUUUGUUCUGUGGACCGCAGUCCAGUCCACAGCCGUGCACCUAUUCACCGCUUUGUCAGGAUUCAAAGUUUGUUGGCCCGCGUUUUAAGUUCAGCUUCUUUUUUUUUUUCCUGUAGCAACUUUGAACAUUUCAGCUUUGAGCUUGGCACUGAAGCAGGACCCGCAGAAGACUCGGAAUUAAGAUCGCGUUUGGAGUCGCUCAGGAUGUCCUCGGGGUCUUUACCGUUCUACCAGAAACAUCACCGGCAUUAUGACCGCGGGUACCGCAGCACCGCCGUGGAGUCCACCCUCAGUCAGUACCAUGUAGAGCAGAAGAGCAGCGCGUCGACCCGCAGCGCAGGAUUGAGAGCUUCCAAGUACUCAAGCGAGGAGAGCAAACUCAGCCCACUGCCCAAGAGAGCCAAGCCAACCUACCUGGCCGUGGACAAAGACAACGAAGUCAUCGGUUAUGUGGUGCCACUGUUCAGAGGCCGUGGAGAGAAGUUUGCCUAUGGAACGACUGACAUAGAGGAGGCAGAGCUGAAGGAGACAGCGGGAUACCUGGGCGGGAAAAACGUCUUUUCCACUGGACAAGGAGUCAGUCUCAUGGCCACCAGCCAAACAGACACAAUGGAGGUUGAGAGGUUUGAGAAGAAGUCCAGGAAAGUGGCCAUGAGAGAGUCAGCAGAGCGCAUUGCUUUAAAUAAGAAGAUCUACGAGACUGAAGAGUUUCACAAGAAGAUUAACGAAGACAGCCUGCUGCAUGCCCCUGAGUUUGUCAUUAAGCCUCGAUCUCACACAGUGUGGGAGAAACAGAAUGUGAAGUUGCACUGCACUGUUUCUGGCUGGCCUGACCCCCGGGUUACCUGGUAUAAAAACAAUGUGGCCAUUGAUGUUUAUGCCCACCCUGGCAAGUAUAAUAUAGAAAGCAGAUACAACGUCCACACCCUUGAGAUUAACAGAUGUGAUUUUGAAGACACAGCACAGUAUCGUGCAUCUGCAAUGAAUGCAAAGGGGGAACUCUCUGCUUUCGCCUCAAUAGUGGUGAAAAGAUACAAAGGAGAAAUUGAUGAUUCUCUUCCUGUUCCAAAGCCUCCGCCAUAUGGCCUUUCCUCUGCAUAUGGUGUGAAGUUUGAUGUCCACAUUGUCGACAAGUUUGGGGUGUCCUUUGGCAGGGAGGGCGAGACUUUGAGCUUGGGGUGCACGGUCAUAGUGUACCCGACUGUGAAACUCAUUCAGCCGGAGGUGCAGUGGUACAGAGAUGAUGUCCUGCUUCAUCCGUCCAAAUGGGUGCAGAUGCACUGGAGUGGGGAACAAGCUUCACUGACGCUCACUCACCUCAACAAAGAGGAUGAGGGCCUGUACACCAUGCGCGUUAUCACCAAGUCAGGCUACGAAACCUACUCUGCUUACGUGUUUGUUCGAGAUGCGGAUGCCGAGGUCGCGGGGGCUCCAGCCGCACCCCUGGACGUGGAAUGCCAAGACGCCAACAAGGAUUAUGUCAUUGUCACCUGGAAGCAGCCGGCUGUGGAUGGAGGCAGUCCCAUCCUUGGAUACUUUAUCGACAGGUGUGAGGUGGGCACCACACACUGGAGCCAGUGCAACGACACCCCUGUCAAGUUUGCCCGGUUCCCUGUGACGGGACUGGUGGAAGGGCGCUCCUACGUGUUCCGGGUGCGGGCCGUCAACAAGGCUGGCAUCAGCAGGACCUCGCGGGUGUCUGAGCCUGUGGCCGCACUGGACCCUGCUGACAAGGCGAGAAUGAAAGGUCACCCUUCAGCACCUUGGACUGGACAGAUUAUAGUAACUGAAGAGGAACCAGCAGAGGGGGUUGUGCCAGGCAAGCCUCGUGACUUGGCUGUUACCGAGGCGACCAGAAACUAUGUGGUGCUGAGCUGGAAGCCACCUGGUCAGAGGGGCCAUGAGGGAAUCAUGUAUUAUGUAGAAAAGUGUGUGGCGGGGACGGACAGCUGGCAGAGGGUCAACACGGAGAUCCCGGUGAAGUCGCCCCGGUUUGCUCUUUUUGACCUGGCUGAGGGCAAGUCCUACUGUUUCCGUGUCCGGUGCUGCAAUUCGGCUGGGGUAGGAGAGCCGUCUGAACCCACAGAAGCCACCAUCGUGGGAGACAAGCUGGACAUUCCCCCUGCUCCUGGCCGUGUGUUGCCGACAAGGAACACCGACACGUCUGUAGUGGUGUCCUGGGAAGAAUCCAAGGGGGCAAAGGAGCUGGUGGGAUACUACAUUGAGGCUUCCAUCGUGGGGUCCGGAGUGUGGGAGCCCUGCAACAACAAACCCGUCAAAGGAAAGAGGUUUAUUUGUCAUGGCCUCUCCACGGGACAGAUGUAUGUGCUCAGGGUGCGAGCUGUGAAUGCUGCUGGGCUCAGCCAGUUCUCCCAGGAGUCAGAGGCCAUCGAAGUCAAGGCUGCAAUUGGGGGAGGCACUCCUCAUGGUGUGUGGCCUGAAACGGGUGAUAAAAAUGGUGGACUAACCGAGCACGCACCUUACUGGGCAGGCAAGCAUGAGGCCUCCCAGCCUGGCCUUGACACCUGUCUAAAAAGCGAAGCUCAGGUUGACAGGCACACGCUGACCCCUAGCUCUGACUCUGUAGUGCCAGAGUCCAAAGUAAGUAAGGGCAAAGGAACUAAGAGUAUCAGCUCACAGCAGAAAGUAGCUACUCAGCAGACACGUAAGUCCCCUCUGGAUGGUUCAUCCUCACAGGAGAAAACGAAGCAGCGGAGACAAUCAUCAGCCUCUCCGGCUCCGCCCUAUGGAAUCACUGUCCUUGAGAGCGUGCAGGACUCCAUGGUCCUCGGCUGGAAGCAGCCCAAGUUUAUUGGCGGAGCAGAGAUUAUUGGCUACUUUGUGGAUUACCGCGAGGUUGUCGACGGAGUGCCAGGAAAGUGGCACGAGGCAAACAUAAAGGCCGUCAGUGAAAGAGCCUACAGGGUUAAUGACCUGAAGGAGAACAGAAUCUACCAGUUCCAGGUACGGGCUGCAAAUGUGGCCGGAGUGGGUGUGCCGUCCAAGCCCAGCAACUCCUUCAAGUGUGAGGAGUGGACCAUUGCUGUGCCAGGACCCCCCUAUGAGCUGAGAAUCACAGAGGUGCGCAGGGACUCACUGGUGCUGCUGUGGAACCCGCCAGUGUACCAGGGCCGCAGCGAGGUCAAUGGGUUCUACGUAGACAUCAAAGAGGAACAUGCUGGGGAAGAGCACUGGAGAAGUGUCAAUGAGAAGGCAAUUCAGAAUAAAUACAUAAAGAUUAAAGACCUGAAGGAAGGCACUACCUAUGUGUUCCGUGUGAGGGCGCAGAACAGGGCAGGGGUUGGGAAGCCCUCUGAUGCGACCGAGCCAGUUUUAGCUGAGACUCGUCCAGGUACCAAGGAGGUGGUCGUGGACGUUGAUGAUGAUGGUGUGAUUUCGCUGAUUUAUGAAUGUUCUGAGAUGACCGCAGAAUCUAAAUUUGUGUGGUCCAAGAAUUAUGAAGGACUUUCUGACUUGUCCCGCCUUACUGUAGAGACCAAAGGUGGCAGGUCAAGAGUUAUCUUUAAUGAUCCAUCAACUGAAGAUCUGGGCAUUUACUCUUGUGUUGUCACGGACACAGAUGGCAUUUCUGCUAGCUAUAACUUAGAUGAAGAAGAGCUAAAGCGUCUACUAGAGAUCAGCCAUGACCACAAAUUCCCCACUAUUCCACUGAAGAGAGAGCUGGAGGUGGAGCUUUUGGAGAAAGGCCGUGUCCGUUUCUGGCUACAAGCAGAGAAAAUGUCUGCCAACGGGAAGGCUAACUACGUAUUUAAUGAUGCCAUACUCUCCCAAGGAGAGAAAUAUAAAAUGAAUAUUGACAGAAACACAGGUAUCGUGGAAAUGUUCUUGGAGAAGCUGGGGGAUGAAGAUGAAGGGACUUUCACCUUCCAGCUCCAGGAUGGAAAAGCUACCAAUCAGUCCAGCUUAGUUCUGAUUGGGGAAGUGUUCAAGAAUCUCCAGAAGGAAUCGGAAUUCCAGAGACAAGAAUGGUUCAGAAAGCAAGGUCCGCAUUUUGCAGAAUACCUUAGUUGGGAAGUUACCCCAGAAUGCAAUGUGUUGCUGAAAUGCAAGGUGGCUAAUAUUCUGAAGGAGACCAGCAUUAUCUGGUACAAGGAUGAGAGGGAGAUCAUGGUAGACAACAAACAUGACUUCAAAGAAGGAGUGUGCACUCUUUUGAUCUCCCAGAUUUCAAAGAAAGAUGCAGGUGUAUAUGAAGUGAUUCUUAGGGACGACAGAGGAAAGGACAAGAGUUCACUCAAUCUGACUGAUCAAGGUUUCAGGGAUUUGAUGAAUGAUGUAUUCAGAGUUAUUGCUCAGUCUGCCACAGAUCUGAAGAUCCAGAGCACAGAGGAAGGAAUCAGACUCUAUUGCUUUGUCACUUACUACACUGAUGAGCUCAGAGUUGGCUGGCAUCACAAAGAAUCUAAGAUUUCCUUUACAGACAGAGUCAAGAGUGGAGUGACAGGAGAGCAGCUCUGGCUGCAGAUCAAUGAGCCCACUGAGAAAGACAAGGGCAAGUAUGCCAUUGAAAUCUUCGAUGGCAAGACUGGAGUCCAGAAAACCGUGGACCUCUCUGGACAAGCAUUUGAUGAAGCAUUUGCCGAAUUCCAGAGGUUGAAGCAAGCUGCAAUAGCUGAAAGAAAUCGUGCUCGAGUUGUUGGCGGUCUGCCUGAUGUGGUGACAAUUCAAGAAGGCAAGUCACUUAACCUGACCUGCAACAUCUGGGGAGAUCCUGUUCCUGAGGUGACCUGGCUGAAGAACGAGAGAGAGAUGAUCCAGGACAGCGAACACGUCCUCAAGUUCGAGUCGGGCAAAUUCGCCAGCUUCACCAUCACCUCCGUCAGCUCCGUGGACUCUGGCAGAUACAGCAUUCUGGUGAAAAACAAGUACGGCACGGAGUGCGGAGACUUCACUUUAAAUGUCACCCAGGCAUUUGAAAAUCGAAGUAUGGCCAGGUGCGUUGCUGAUUCUGCUGGCAAUCUUGAGGAAACCAUGAGUACUCCUGACAGGAAAAAGAAGUCCGUCACUGGUAAGAAAGUGCAAGUGAGAAGAGAUUCGAUGCAAGUGAAGCCUCAAGUAGUAGAGAUUGUGACAACAGAGGAAACUCCCGAUGAGAAAGAGCCAAACACAGGGCAUGUCAAGGAAGAACUGGUGCCACAGGUCCUGGCCAAGACAGGAGUCUCCGAACAAGGCGUCAGCCCUGACCUGCAGACAACGGAAGGAAAGCCACAGAAGAAGCAGACAGAGGCCCGAAAACAUCCAACAAGCAAAUAAAUGCGUCUGAAGAGAAAGAGAAAGUCACGAGGGGAUUUAAAAAUGACUGUUUUGCUUAUGUGUGAUUUGAUUUUUUUUUUCCAGCAGUUCAGCUGUUCUGGUCUUGUGGUUUCAUAGAAACAUGGGCUAAUUAUUAAACUUUUAGAUAUUCUAUUUUGAAUCUCAUUGUGAAGUCUACAAGUGUGCAGUGCUAAAGAUGAGUAGCAAGAAAAGUUGCCCAGACUGUAAGUUAGGAAGGUGUUUUGAUGUGCUGUAAUAAUGGAAUACAGAUCAUAAAUGAAGGGAAAAGGAAGUGGGCAUUCACAAUAAUUUCAGAUCUAGUUUCUAGCUUAGCACAACAGUAAAUUAGUAAAUAUAAAUAAUCUAUUAAAUACAAUAGAAAUUUCAGUCAGCACAACAAGGAGCACCAAUAUAGAUACAUAAUCUGGAGUGUCUUUUGUUGAUUGCUUCUAAUAUGUUCUUGUAAAGUGACAUAUGUAUUUACAAAAUAAAGCAAUAACUUUACAUUCAGUAAAACCUUGAUAUUGUAAAGUGCUGCUGUUUUGGAAUUAUAUUAAGAAAUCCUCCAAAAUACUGACCAAUAUGAACAAGAAAACAUGUUUCUUAAAUAUUAUCCGAGUACCUUACAGUGGCAUUCAUACUGUGGUUUGGAAAUUGACUGCACAGAGGAAAUUUUUUACAUUUAUUUUUAUAUUAUUACAAUAGUUUUUAAAGCCCUAACAGCACUGGGCUUAGUUCUGGACCUUGUGUGCUAUAUGUGUGUAGUUUGUAUGUUCUUCCUGUAGUCAUGUGGGUUUCCUCUAGUCCAAGGACAUACUGUACUAGUACUGUAAUGUAGGUGAAUUGGUUUCUGGGAAAAUUGGUUCUGGUAAGAGUGUCAGUGUAUGCAUCUUUGUGUGUGUCUGGCCUGUGAUGGAGUAGCAUCCUCUCCAAUAUGAUUUCUGCCUUGAGUCUAUUGCUUGCUGGGAUAUGCUCCCCACAACCCUCUAUUGGAUAAAGCAGUUAGAAAAUUAAAGGACAAGUUCCUAACUCUGGUUCUGGAGGACAGCACACCUGCUAGUUUUCAUUCCACCUGAGCUGAAUAACCCAAAUAUAGCCUAAAGUGAUGUAACAAGUUGCUUGUUUAAAAUAUUUACCAUUUUUCUACUAGUAAGUUUGAGAUUCUGUUUUGCUUAGGAAAUACAAUAGUUAAAAGGCAACUUGCAACAUGUUUAAUCGUCCGAAAACAGUGAAACAGUUUGAAUUAAUCCUAUUAUGAAUUCGAGGAAAGGUUCAAUUUUCUUGGCUUGAGAGCUUGGCUGUCGAAACCCAGUGGGUGUGUGGGCCUUCAAGACCAGGAGUAUGAACACUUGUUCUAGAUCAGCAGUUUCCAACACUGAUCCUGAGGAACUGCUGUGUCUACUGGGUUGUGUCCAAACUGAGCCCUUAAAUACCAGUUCUAACUGGUGCCAACCAUGUCAGUCAAACUGAUUUGAUUGUUUAGACUUUUUUUUAGCAAAAAAGCCUUGAUUAAAAAAAACAACAAC